GGAUUUUGAAUGGACAUUUCCAUCGACGACACCUUUCCAGUCCAUACCAGCCAAGACCCUUGAAUUGCUGUUUCAACUCGUCCCACUCUCAAAACUCAUACCCCACGUUAUUCGGACCAUAUUGUCCUGCGUACCCCGCCCUGCCCCUCGUCAAUCUGAACAUCUCUUGGCCGUUCAAGAUGGUUCUUCAUCAAUGCCAAGAGCAGCACAACCACAACUCAGCUGUAAGCGCCAAUGUCAGAUCUCGGAAUCCAUCCGGCGCCAGAACACGGAGUCAACCCUGAUAUCAAAUCCUGGCCGGGACACCCCCGGGGCACUGCGGUUCAACGGCAGACGUGCUCUGGCCGGGAACACCAUCAACUUCCGCAUCGGGAAUGGUGGUCGGUGAGUUGGAGCCCCGUGCAACCACUGCAAAUCGCUUCCCACGAGCACGCCAUCGGCCUAGUGAUCACCAUCACAUUUGGUGGUUUGGUUUGUCAUCUGCCCAUCCAAAGAUAUCAUAUCUGUCAUAAAUGUCAACAUGGCCAUGUUUCUUGACUCGCCGACAUGUGUCCUUGUCGAGAUUCCUUUUUCUUUUUUCGUCACCAUGUUUCGCGAGGUCCAUUAAAAAGAGCCUGGCUGCUACAUAGCAUAGUGUCUUGAUAAGUCGCCACCAAGCAAAUCCCCCCUUCACGUCUUUGAACCUCUGGCAUCUUCAUAUUAUUUCGUGCCAUUUCUUUCCGAGGUUCUCUGAUAAUCAUACACUACCAUACCCCCACAAUGGGCACCGACACAAAAGGGCCCAAGCCCGUGGCAUCUCCGGCCAGCAGUGUUGCUGCCAGCGAGAUCCUCGACGUCGACGGCUCACCCAUCUCGGGAGAGUCUCUGCAAUAUGCUGUACCAGAGUCGAGGAAAAUCGGUGUCACAGGUGCCGUGUUCCUGAUCCUAAACAAGAUGAUCGGAACAGGCAUCUUCUCAACCCCAUCCAGCAUCUUCGCUUCCACUGGCUCGGUUGGCGUGUGCCUGUUGAUGUGGGCCGUCGCUGGUCUUCUGACCCUGUCCGGACUCAGCGUCUUUCUGGAAUUCGGCCUGGCCAUCCCCAAAUCGGGCGGCGAAAAGAACUACCUCGAACGAGUAUACCGGCAACCCGUCUAUCUCAUCACCAGCGUCUUUGCUGUUCAGAUCGUUCUUCUCGGCUUCUCUGCCGGCAACUCGCUCGCUUUUGGCCGUUAUGUCUUGCUGGCCCUAGGAUACAACCUGCCUGAUGGAUGGCCGGCCAGGACCAUUGCCGUGCUGUGCAUCACUUUCGUCGUAUUUCUCCACUCCGUCUUACCCAAAUGGGGGUUGAGGCUCACCAACGCACUCGGCGUCUUCAAAGUCCUAGUCCUGCUAUUGAUUGUCUUCUCGGGCUUUGCUGCCUUGGCUGGCCAUCGUCGAGUCCCCGACCCUCACAACUUUGACGACAUGUGGUCUAUCGAAAAGGGCGAUGGUUUCGGGGGCGGAGGGGCGUAUGCAUAUGCUACUGCCCUCCUUCAGGUCGUCUACAGCUACAAGGGCUGGGAGAAUGCCAACUAUGUCAUGGGCGAGCUGAAGCAUCCCAAGCGGACACUGUCCAUCGCCGCGCCCUUGGCGGUCGUUGGCGUGACCAUCCUUUACGUUCUCGCCAACGUCGCUUACUUUGCUGCCAUUCCCAAAGCCGAGCUGGCCAAGUCUGAGGUCAUCGUGGCCGGGCUUUUCUUCCGCAACAUGUUUGGAGAGAGCGCGGCGGCCAGAAGUCUCCCGGCUCUUGUGGCCUUGAGUAACAUUGGCAAUGUCUUGGCCGUGAGUUUUACACACUCGCGGGUGAACCAGGAGCUGGCCAAGGAAGGCGUUUUACCUGGGAGCAAGUUUUGGGCAUCCACCAAGCCGUUCAACACGCCUGCUGCUUCACUAUUACUUCAUUGGAUCGUGACUGUCAUUGUCCUGGUCGGGCCUCCUCCCGGACCUGCCUACAACUUCCUUGUCAAUCUAUACACCUACCCCGGUGCCUGGAUCAACGGCCUUGUCGCCGGUGGCCUCAUCUACCUCCGCCUCAGCAAGACCGAAGAAUGGAGUUCACCGUGGCGCACUUGGCUACCAGUUAUUUUUAUCUACCUCUGCCUCAAUAUGUUCCUUGCCAUUACCCCCUUCAUCCCUCCCAACGACGACUGGAAUGCCGACGGCUACCCGUACUACGCUUUCCCCCUUGUUGGCACCGGGGUCCUGGGUCUGGGUGCAGUAUACUGGGUGGUAUGGACCAAGGUUCUGCCCCGCUUUGGGGGCUAUGAACUCGUGGCCGAGAGGGUUCUUGAUGAGACCGGGGCGGAAGUGGUGCGGUACAGAAAGCUUUCCGCGAGGAAUGUUCCGUCUUCCGAGGGAGAGUCUUCCGAAAGAGACUCACUCCUAAGGGAAAACACUACCGCGGAAGCCUCGGCAGAUCACGGCAGUUACGGAGCUAUACACUAGAGGCAUGAUAGGAGAACACGAAUGAUACCAAAAAUGGCAGUGGCUUGGAGUUCUUGUGGGAUAUAUAGGUUACAUGUUAUAAACAAGGAUACUUUUGCAGGCACCCAGGCGUUUGGGAGCGGUCUGCUUAUCGGAGUACCUAGAUUUCACAUGUUGUGCGACACUGGCCGCCUUCAUCACUUCACAAAAAGCAUCGCUUAUUACGUC